AUGGACGGGGGCGGCCGCGGGUCCGGGAGCCGCCCGCCCAGCCCCGAGCCCGCCUCGCUGGGCCGCCCGCUGCCCCGGCCGGGGUCGGGGGGCACAGGGGGCACAGGGGGCACGGGGUCAGGGGGCACGGCGGGGCGGCCUGCGGCGGCCAACGCGGCCCGGGAGCGCAGCCGGGUGCAGACCCUGCGCCACGCCUUCCUGGAACUGCAGAGGACCCUGCCGUCCGUGCCGCCCGACACCAAGCUCUCCAAGCUGGACGUGCUGCUCCUCGCCACCACCUACAUCGCCCACCUCACCCGGAGCCUGCAGGACGACGACCAGGCAGCGGGAGAGGCGGGCACGGGAGAGGCGGGCCCGGCCGCCCUGCGCGCCCACGGCUACCUCCACCCCGUCAAGAAAUGGCCUAUGCGAUCAAGACUAUACAUUGGUGCAACUGGGCAGUUUCUGAAUCAUUUGGUGCCCGGGGAAAAAGCAAACCCAGGUGAAACUUCAACAGACUCACAAACUUAGCUUGGGGAAGUAAUGAAAGAUAGCUUUGUAUUUAUUACCUCAGACAUAUUUAAUAGUUGUAUUCAGGCUUAAUGAUAGCUUUAAUUUUUGAAAUACUGUCAGUUCUUCUAUAAUGCAGGGGUUAUAUUCCUGAAGAACCUCAUGUUCACCAAAAGCUGGCAUUCAAAUAUUCAAGCCAUGAACACAAAACAGGCACAAAGCUGUUUCUUCUGGCACCACAUCCAAUUGUAUCCAGACAUAUGCUCGUUAUUGGAAGAAGAUUUCUUAAUUCUGCCAUGACCUAUCCAGAUCAAUUAGGGAAACCACAUAUAUUGUUAUAUUGUACUCUACCAAGCACUUAGUAUAGUUCUCUGCACACAGUAAGCGCUCAAUGAAUACGAUUGACUGGCUGAUGCUUUCUAGAAGAACUGACCAUACUAUUUCUAGGUAAUUGUACUUGCCAACCCUCAACUUUGCCUAAUGUAAAAAUCAAUGUGAAAUUGUUGCUCUUACUAGAAAACAGUUGGAACAAUAUUUAGUGUUGUGCAAUAUAAAUUGAGUUUUCAAGAUGACCGAUGUCCUGGGAAAAAUGUACCUGUCAGAGUUUAUCAUAUCUUUCGCAACUGGUUGUUUGACACAUUUAUUCAAAAAGCUCUAUCUACUUUCUACACUAAUCCAUUUUCAUGAGGACACAUUGGGUCUUUGGAGGUCCUAUUCCAAACAGAAAAACCACUUUGACACUGUGGUUAAGCAUGGUAUGGAAAAGACUGUCUAGUUGUAGUUAAAAUGGUUCAAAAGAGAAAACUGGUUUAAGAUGUAAUUGACAUUAAAGUUGCUUCUUUUAGCUCAAACCUACUUGGUUGUUAAAUAUUCCUAUCCAAGGGGCUGUCCAUCUGGCAUCUUGUGUCUGCUGAUGAUACAGCCCAUGGUGAUUCUAGGUAAAGAAAGCCACAGGGAAGAGUAGCAAGCUUUCUGCCUUUCCCAGAAGGUGCCAGCUGAUACUAUUGGUUUGAUGGAUUAAUCCAGUGGAUUGACUCAUUGAGUGCCCCAUUCCCACAUCUCCCAGAUUAUUAGAAAAGGUCAAGAACACCCAGCUGUGAAUCCUAGUUUUAGUUCUCUGCUUGGACUAAGGCAGAGAUUGGAAGGUUCUCCCAGAUCAAACAUGGAAAGAACUAAGGCAGUAGAGGUAGAGCCACAAGGCUUGCUUCAGAACGUAAGCUAGUAAAAUAGAACCCGCAGGGUGCACUAGCAAGGGAACAGCAGUGGAAAUUAAAAUGAGGAAAUCUAGGGAGGGGAAUGCAAUGCCCUGGGGCAAGGAGGGGGACCAGGAGUCCCAUUUCUUCACCUCCCCUCUCCACCCUACCCCACCCCUGCCUCCACACACACACACACACACACACACACACACACACACACGACACUCUGUAGGCUCAGAAGUUUGUGAUGUCUUGUGGAAUGGGAAGAGUUGGUGAAAUUUUCUCUCCUUAGGGCAGACAGAUGUGCGGAGAGCAGAGACAUCAGGAAAAGGGUCACCAACAUAAAUAAGAAUUUUCCUGAGUCCUUUCAGGACAACUGCUGGGCUGAAUGCUAUGCUCUCCCCAUUUCCUCCUCUUCUAUAAUUCCCUCCUUCCCUCCGCCCGCCACUCCAUGAAGUCCUUCCAGUAGUUGACAAGCGAGAUAUUACAGCUGCUAAUAUAAAGCUUUCCAGACCGGGCAUUAAGGCUAACAGACCUAGUCCACCCAGAUUUGUUUAUUUGUUUGGUUGUUGAACCCGAGCCCUGAACAGAUUGGGCUUGAUCUGUGGGGUAUUAAGUCCAGGUACCCUUCCAACUUGGGUUAGACAAAACCCUCCUCCCUUCCCCUU